GGCUCCUCCUCCUCCAGGACACGUUCUCAUCACAUACACACAGUGCAUGCAGCAGACUGGGGGAGACCUGGGCCAGGCCCGGGACACACAGAGCGCGGACAGCGGGAGAUGGGGUCAGGCGUGAAGACGACGACUAGAGCCCGGGACUAAGCUGCGCACCUUCCCUGCAGCUGCUGCUUUACCGCCCGGACUCGCACUUGGUAGCAGACCGUGUAAGGCACCGGCCGCAGCCGCACGGACACAGCGCUCCUCCCCGCGCCGGGAGUCUUCGCCGGGUGUCGGUAGGCCGCCUCGGCUCCUGGCCGCUCGCUCGUCAUGUUCGCCAAGGGGAAAGGCUCAGCGGUGCCGUCAGACGGGCAGGCCCGGGAGAAGCUUGCUCUUUACGUGUAUGAAUAUCUACUUCAUGUUGGUGCCCAGAAAUCUGCACAGACGUUCCUGUCAGAGAUAAGGUGGGAGAAGAAUAUCACAUUAGGAGAACCUCCAGGAUUCUUACAUUCAUGGUGGUGUGUAUUCUGGGACCUGUACUGUGCAGCGCCCGAGCGCAGAGACACCUGUGAACAUUCAAGUGAAGCAAAAGCUUUCCACGACUAUAGUGCAGCUGCUGCCCCGAGUCCAGUGCUUGGUAACAUUCCUCCAAACGAUGGCAUGCCGGGAGGGCCGAUUCCCCCUGGAUUCUUCCAGCAGGGUCCACCGGGGUCACAGCCAUCUCCUCACGCACAGCCACCUCCUCACAACCCCAACAUGAUGGGUCCUCACAGUCAGCCUUUUAUGUCUCCUCGAUAUGGUGGUGGACCCAGGCCUCACAUAAGAAUGGGAAGCCAGCCACCGGGAGGAGUCCCGGGAUCACAGCCUUUGUUAACAAACUCCAUGGAUCCAACCCGACAAGGACACCCUGGCAUGGGAGGCCCCAUGCAGAGGAUGAAUCCUCCUAGACCAAUGGGCCCCAUGGGUCCGGGACCUCAGAAUUAUGGAAGCGGGAUGAGACCACCACCCAAUUCUUUAGGGCCUGGCAUGAACAUGGGUCCGGGUGCAGGCAGGCCGUGGCCAAAUCCAAACAGUGCAAAUUCGAUUCCAUACUCGUCGUCAUCGCCUGGCACAUAUGUGGGUCCACCAGGUGGCGGAGGACCUCCAGGAACACCCAUCAUGCCCAGUCCUGCAGAAUCGACCAAUUCAAGUGACAACAUUUACACAAUGAUAAAUCCUGGUCCACCGACAGGGAACCGCUCAAAUUUCCCAAUGGGACCCGGCUCCGAUGGCCCCAUGGGAGGAAUGGGUGGCAUGGAACCUCAUCAUAUGAACGGGUCAUUAGGGUCUGGAGACAUGGAUGGACUCCCUAAGAAUUCCCCAAAUAACAUAAGUGGCAUUAGUAACCCUCCUGGGACACCGCGAGAUGACGGAGAGUUAGGAGGAAACUUUCUUCAUUCCUUCCAAAAUGAUAAUUACUCUCCCAGCAUGACUAUGAGUGUGUGACAACGGGGACAAUACUCAACUCGGCUGCUGCUCGGAAGGUCACGGUGAUUGGAGAAGAGAAUUGUCUGGCGUUGCAGAAAUGAAUAGAACAGCUCCCUCAGUUUGGUUUCAUGCAAUAAAAAGCCCAAACUUUUUAUUCCAUCAAACACAGUAAAAAAAAAAAAAAAGACACAAACUGUCAAGACAAGAAAAUCCUGCUCAGAGGAUAUAUACCUGUACAGAGAACUUUUUUUUUUUUGUUUAAAUUUUUAUUUUAUUUUUUUUCUCAAGAGGAGACUUCUAGUUAUAAACCUGAUUCGCUGUGUCUAAUUUUUUUUAUUUUUUUUUGCCCCAAAUAUUCUAUGUCUGUGACGUGAUAUUCAAGGAGAAUAGCUGAAAUAGGAAACUUCAUGUGUCUUUUAGUUUUUAGCUUUUUAUUUUUUUGAAAUGAACUGAGAUUCUCAGAUGCCCACGUCCCUCCAAAGAGUUUUUCUGUCUCAUGCAGUCUAAAAACCACCUCUGGAAUUAUUAUUUUUAUAUAUAUAUAUUUUUGGGUUUUGUUUUAUUUUCCCACUGUGCAGAAACUCUGGUUGGACCUGCACCCUUUACCUCGUACAGUACAACACUUGAUAUUUGUUUAAACACCUAAGACUCUCUAUAUAUAUUUUUCUUUUUUUCUUUUACCUCUACAAGAGCGAUAAUUAACUAGAAUCGAGAAGAAGCCCCCGCUGCAGAAAGGGAUGUUUUAUAGGAUCAUGGCGCCUACGAUGUACAGGUUUUGUGGCAAGGUUUCUUAUGGACUGUCUUCAGGCUGCAGACUUCAAUGAGAUUAAUGCAUAAGGUGGCACUGGUUGGAAGGACCCGGGCAGCAGAAAGAAAUGCCCCCUGCCAGGCUGCCAUCUUGUUCUUUGCAUAACCACUGCCUGGUCUGGUUUUCCAUCAUAUCGUCAUCGACCCAGAACAAGUUCCGCUGAUAUACAACACUGUAAUUUUAUUUUAAUUUUUUUUAAAAAUUUUUCCUUCAGUCUGAAAUAAGAAACUUUUAAGGACAGCUACUCCCGUUUUUUUUUUUUUUUUUUUGCUUGUUUGUGUAUUAUAAAAGGGACAGUCCAUGUAAGCUGUCGGCUGAGUUUCUGAUCAAAUUCUCACGUGUUCCAGGGUUUUUGUAAUUUUAUUUUUUCCCCCGCUCAUUUUAUUUGUCAGGAGUAACUGAAGGAGGGAACACUAGCAGCUCCUCUCAGGACAUUGUUACAAGAAAAUUCCUUGUGUAUUCAAAAAGGGAUAGUUAAAUUAUUGUCUCUUGAUAUGGGACAGCUUGGAAUGAUAUGGUAAAUUUUUCCGCCUCCAUGCUGUAAUAAAUUUAAUAAAUUCAAACGGU